AAAAAUUCAGCCAUGAGAGGAGAUCAAGAUCAUUGUCAAGCUUCAAACGUUGUAUCGCUGGAAAAGGAACUCGGGAUCGAUGAAGGACUCCGGAUUUUCCUGAUUGUGCUGACUUCACUUAUUUUAAUUGUUACUUUAACAGGAAAUGUGCUGAUUCUGUAUGGAAGCAUAUUUCGAAAAGCAGUAAAGAUGGAGGCAAUAGACCUGACACAGAUCUACAGUAACGCAGUGUGUGAUAUCCUUCUCAUGGUAUUCUUCUACAUCCCCAUCCUCAUCACCCUCAUCUGUAAUGAAUACACGCUGGGAGACGCCUGGUGUACCUUCACUGCCUACUUCAUGCCCACCUCCAUCAUGGUGUACAACAUCCUGACUAACGCAAUCGGGACGGUUUUCAGGGUAUGGCUCCUCAAAAAGCCUCCUAAAGUCCGCAGCACUUACCCAAUCUCCAGGGUCUACUGGGUUAUUGCUGCUUGCGUGGUGGUCGCUAUUGCUCCUUGCAUAAUCUUUCCUGCUUUAGGACACAAAGAAGAGUGCUUCAUAACCGCAAAGUUAUCUUGCGCGGUGAAACCAAAGCAUAAUGAAAAAGGCCUAAAGGCUAUCUGGUGGAUCUACACAGUGUUCCUUGUCGCUCUUCCACUAGCUAUCCUGAUGUCUGCUAAUAUCUACACAGGACGAGUUAUCUCCAAAGUGCUAGAGAACAGUAGAACUGCAACCAAGGAGCAGAAGUGUCGUGUCAGCCUGAUGAUCUCCACAAUUUGCUGGAGCUUCCUCCUAUCCUAUAUCCCCAUGAUUUUAGUUCACAUCGGAAAGUUAUCUGGGUAUUAUAAAGGUAGGAAUGGUGAGGUCGAACCGCUCUGGUGCCUCAUUCCCACAUUCUUCCUGUCCAUUGCCUCGGUCACCAACCCCUUUGUCCUCUACAUUUCUAACGUGAAGUUCAGAGAGUACUUGAACGGGUUACUGGGAUGUGGAGGAAGCAGGAAUAGUGAGGGAGGUAAAGGAGGAGAUGGAAAAGAGGGCUCUACAACGACGAGCAGUUGUAAGAUUGUAAAGAAAGCUUCCACAAAUCAUUCAGUCCUGUAAACUGUAGAUAAUCAUGCAUUUGAGUUGUAUUUGCAGUACUUUUAUCGCAUUUGAGUUGUAUUUGCAGUACUUUUAUCGCAUUUGAGUUG